AUGUUUCGCACAACAGGCUCAUCCCCUCCCUUUCCAACCAUUCGUCCCUUCCAUUUUCGUUCUUCCCCAUUCACCCACCCUCCUCAUUCGUCCAUCUCAUCCCGUCGCGUUCACCCAUCAACGCAGGUCAAGCUGCAAGCCAGCAACGUCAGCAACGCCACGUCGUCCGCGUCGCACGCGUCGCUAGGGGCUCCGCGGUAUCGCUCGGCAUGGCAGUGCACGUCGCACAUUCUCCGCAUUGAAGGGAUCCCCGGCCUAUACCGUGGCGCCACGUCAUCGUUCAUCGGCGUGGCAGUGGAGAGCUCCCUGCUGUUCGGCUCGUACACUCAAAUAAAGACCGCCCUGCAGAGCGGAGAGCGCGCAGUGCCCACAGCAGGCACGGUGGCGACAGCAGCAGGGCUGGCGGGCGGGCUCAUCAGCUUCGUGCUCUGCCCCACGGAGCUCGUCAAGUGUCGCCUUCAAGUGCAGGCCCAGUCCCCGGCUCUCUCACCCGCCGCCUCUGUAUAUACCGCAGCAGCAGCACCAGCAGCAGCAUCAGCGGGUGCUUCUAAGCGAGUGUCUGCCAUGACUCGCCUGACCCCUUCGUUUGCCGCUGCUGCUCACCCCGCCCCGUUCAGUACAAACGCUGCCUUCCCCUCCCUAGCACGCACCCCAGCAGCAGCAGCAACAUCAGCAGCUGCAGCAGCAGCAGCGACAUCCCAACGCCAGCAAAUCCAUUCGCAAUCGCCUCUGCAACAACAGGCUUUGAUGCAGCAGCAGCAUUUUCAGCAGCAGCAGCAGCAGCAGCAGCAGCAGCAGCGGGUGGUGGGGAGUGCGGGUCACUACAAGGGCCCGUGGGAUUGUGUGGUUCAGACCGUCAAGGCCGAUGGGCCACAGGGGUUGUUCAGAGGCCUGGCGGCAACAGCACUGAGGGAGUCGCUGGGCAACAUCGGCUUCUUUCUCACCUAUGAAGCCAUCAAACACCGCCUCCUCCCCGCCCUCGCCCCCUCCUCUCCCUCACACUCCUCUCCCUCCUCGUCUUCCUCCUCCGCCUCCUCGGACCUCUCAGUUGAGAAUGUGUAUGAAGGGUCAAGCCGAGACAGGGAGGCCUCGAGGAGAAGGGAUGUGGCAGACGGGAGAGGGGGCGGAGGGGAAGGGGUGUUGAGGGGGAGGGAGGCAGAGGGGGUGGGCGGGGCGAGUGAGUGGCGGAGGGUGGCAGCUGAAGCUGCUACUGCCAUUGCCAGUGGGGGGAUUGCAGGCAUCGUGUUCUGGUCAGCGGUGCUCCCAUUCGAUGUCAUCAAGACGCGCAUUCAGACGGCCGACGCGUCGGCAUCGCCCGAGUCGCUGAGAAUGCUCAGCCACAUGCUGCUGCUCUCCCUGCUUUGCCUUGAGUCGGUGCAGCUCUUGCCAUGCUUCUUGUAUCUUGUCUCAGUCCGUUUCGCACCUUGUACCAUCCCUCCUGGUUUCGUUUUUCAGAUUCUAAGGGAGAGUGGCGUCAGGGGGUUCUAUGCCGGUCUCCUGCCCACACUCACCCGAGCUUUCCCGGCCAAUGCUGCGGCUGUUGUUGCCUGGGAGCUCACCUCGAGGCUGCUAGGGGUCUCCAACCCUUGA